AUGUCUGCGUUACAAGACCUCAUUCCAGUGGUCAAUAAACUUCAGGAUAUCGUGAGCAAUGCAAAUCUGACGGAUUUGGAUCUUCCUUUGUUAACAGUCAUUGGUUCUCAAUCAGCUGGAAAGUCUUCUGUUCUUGAGAAUAUAGUUGGUAGGGAUUUUCUCCCUCGAGGAACUGGUAUUGUCACAAGACGACCUCUUAUACUUCAGCUUAUCAAUAUUGAUUCUGGUGAUCUUUCAGUUAAGGUCAAUGCUGGAAUAGAGACUGAUGAAGAUCCUAAUCAAAGGACUCUUGAGGAGCAUCUUUUAAAGGCCGAUUCAGCCAAUUCGAACCUAGCUCCUAAAGAAUGGGGGGAAUUUCUCCAUCUACCAGGAAAGAGGUUUUACAAUUUUGAAAACAUAAAGCACGAAAUCGAGCGUGAAACGGCGCGUAUAGCUGGUAAGAAUAAGGGCAUAAGUCGUGUUCCUAUCAACUUGAAGGUAUAUUCUUCACACGUAUUAGACCUUACCUUGGUAGAUUUACCAGGCUUGACAAAAAUUCCUAUUGGUGAUCAGCCUACCGAUAUUGAACGCCAGAUCAAAAAUUUGGUUCUGGAGUAUGUAUCGAAGCCUAACUCAAUUAUUCUUGCAGUGACUCCUGCAAAUAUCGACCUUGUUAAUUCUGAAGCUUUGAAGUUGGCUCGUCAGGUUGAUCCUCAAGGUAGAAGAACCAUUGGAAUUCUUUCAAAAAUCGAUUUGAUGGAUCAUGGUACCAAUGCAUUGGACAUUCUUACUGGUAAGGUAUAUCCUCUUAAGCUUGGCUUCAUUGGUGUCGUCAACCGUUCUCAGCAGGAUAUCUCUACUAGUAAAUCUUUGGAGGACAGCUUAGCCUCAGAAAGAGACUUCUUCAUCUCUCACCCGGCCUAUCGAAAUGUCGCCUCUCAUUGCGGUACUACUUAUCUUGCGAGAACUCUUAACAGAACUCUUAUGAAUCAUAUUCGUGACAGAUUGCCCGAUAUCAAGGCCAAAUUGAAUACUUUAAUUGGUCAAACUGAACAAGAACUCGCGUCUUAUGGUGAAUGCGAUAACGUUACGCAGGAAAACAGAGGGGCCCUUAUUUUGCAGCUCAUGAACCGGUUUUCUACCGGCUUUAUUGAUUCCAUUGAGGGUAAUUCUAGCGAAAUGUCUACAAAAGAGCUCUGCGGUGGUGCUCGUAUCUAUUAUGUUUACAACGAGGUUCUGGGAAGAUCAUUAAGAUCGAUCAAUCCUUUGCAAAACCUUACCAUUCAGGAUAUUCGUACGGCUAUAAGGAAUUCGACAGGUCCCAGACCUUCUCUUUUUGUUCCCGAGCUUGCGUUUGACCUUCUUGUCAAGCCACAAAUCAAGCUUCUUGAGGGACCGGCUCAUCGUUGUGUCGAACUUGUUUAUGAAGAGUUGAUGAAGAUAGGGCAUUCUUGUGGUUCUAAAGAAUUAAGUCGCUAUCCCAAAUUGCGUACGCGACUCAUAGAGGUUGUUUCUGACUUGCUUAGAGAUCGCUUGGGUCCUACUUCUCGCUAUAUUCAGAGUCUUAUCGACAUUAACAGGUCCUAUAUUAAUACAAAUCAUCCUGGUUUUGUUGGUGCUGCCAAUGCUAUGGCCAGCGUUGUUGAGGAUCGUCAGAGACAGAAGCAUUCAGAUUCUCGAACGAUGUCUAAAAAGAUCAACGGAAAAGCCAAGCCUGUGAACGGCAAAGCUUUUGGUAAUAAGCUAAUUGAUGGUGACGCAAGGGAAUCUUCUAAAGGUGAAAGCAAGAGUCAGGAUGCAAAGAUAGUCAAGACUAAGGAUGUAAAGGACGAUGAAGAGGAUGAAGACGGUGAUGAUGAGUUUGUCGAUGAUUCUAAAUUGAGUAUUGUUCCAGGUUCAGACUCUUUAGAGAAGCCAAAUAAGGACACCUUCUUGAACUUCUUUUUUGGAAAAGAGUCUCCUUCACCGAAACAAAUGCAAUCGCAGUCGACUGCUCAGUACGAAACUACUUCAGACUCUAUUCUUUUAGGUGACAGCUCUUCCAGCACGCUUCAAUUUCAUAACUUUGAGGAACCUUCAGUGGACGAACAGAUGGACAAUCUAACACUUUCUGGAGAAGCAUUAGGAGAAAGGGAGCAUAUGGAAUGUGAACUUAUACGUCGGUUGAUAGUGUCAUAUUUUGGAAUAAUUAGACAAACGAUCCAAGAUCAGGUUCCUAAAGCCAUCAUGUGCCUUCUGGUUAACUACACGAAAAGCAGCAUUCAAAAUGCAUUGGUCGAAAAGCUUUACAAGAAGACUUUGUUUGAUGAGCUUCUCUAUGAAGACGAAACGUUGAGUCAAGAAAGACAAAAAUGCCAGAAAUUGCUCAAAACCUAUAGAGAGGCGUCUGAGGUGAUCAACGAAGUCAUUUAA